UUAUUUCUUCCUUUGCCCUGUCUCCUAGGCUGGACAUUAAACUCCUCAAGGACAGUGACCUAGCCUUUCCUUUCUUUUGCGAGGCUGACAUGGCUCGUGUCAGUGCCUGACCCUCAGAAGGCAGCAGUAAAGGCUGGUCUGAAUGCCAGAGGAAAAACACCAAGGGUAGUGGGAGAAAGAGGCCCCUGUGUGGAGAUCAGACUGCCUCCUGCAAAAGAGAUUUUUUAAAUUGUUAUUUUGCAUCUAUAUGAGGUGAUGGACUUGAAACUUACUGUGGUAAUCAUUGCACAAUAUAUGUAAGUUAAAUCAUUAUGGUGUACACCUUGGUUUAUCCAAGUGCUGUAUGUCAAUUGUAUCUCAAUAAAACUGGGGAAAGCAGGGAAAGGAAUCUCUAGGUCCCUAGGUUCUUCACAAAGCAUUUUGGCUCACGUUUCCAGCUAACGUUUCAGUGUAGGCCGGUUGCCCUUCUCAGAUCUGGCGUCAGAUUUGAGAAGAGCUGGCGUUCACAGUACCGAUCACAGCCCUGGGGGGUGUGAAAAAACUCUUGCCGGCAGAAACCAUCUUUCCACGGGGACGGAACAUCGUGGAGCCCCGAAACUCGAAAGAAAUGCAAGCAGAUUAUGCCUGUCACCCUCAGGAAAGCGAGGCCUUCCCUGUCCAGAGCGAGGUCUUUUCCCAGGCAGCCUGAGGCCGGUCAUCUCCUUGGCCUGGAGAAUUGUUUGGUGGGGGCUCACCCAAGGCAAGCAAGUCUGUGCGAGUGAAGAACCUCUAGCGGGUCUCCCACCGGGCCUGCGCUGGGCGGUGUGCCCAACUCCCAGCCUCCCAGCCUCCUGCUGGGCCGUCGGGUACUCGAGGUCACCUGGCCCGCGGGCACAUAUGGCCCCACCGCCUCCCGGGGCGCGCGCUGGAGUGAGGGAGCCUGCAGCGCGCGGUCCGAGGGGACAGGGAAGAGUGGUUAAAACAGAUAUAAACAAAAUUAACUCUAAGUCCUGGGUUUCUGACUACGAAGCCGCGAGUGCCCCUUAAGGGUAAAAAGAGGGAGAGAAGGGGCGAUUCAAACCGUGAAGAAGCUCGGACUGACUUCCCGGACCUGAAGUCGGACAGCCUUCCUCUUGGUCUGUCCAAGGGUCGCCCGGCGCGUCCAGCCCUGCGGACGAAGAGAGCCAGAGGACAGAGGCAGGACUGGAGUUAGGGGGAGAACAGUCAGCGCCGCCGAGAAGUGUAGCCGCACCCUUCCGCCUCCCCGCACUCCCCAUGCACCUGCCCGGCUGCGUCCCCGCCAUGGCCGACGGCAGCUUCUCGCUCGCCGGCCACCUGCUCCGCAGCCCGGGCGGGAGCACCUCGCGGCUACACAGCAUUGAAGCCAUCCUGGGGUUUACCAAGGACGACGGGAUCCUCGGCUCCUUCCCGGCAGAGCCAGGCCCCCGGGGCGCAAAGGAGCUGGAUAGGAGGCCGGGCGCGCGGAGCGCCUGCCCCAAGGCGUCCCGAGGAGGCGCCGAGCUCUCCCCGCCGCCGCCCGCUGCGGCCGCCCCCGAGUACGAAGCCCCUCGCCCCUAUUGCCCCAAGGAGCCCGGGGAGGCACGGCCGAGCCCUGGGCUGCCUGUCGGGCCCGCCGCCGGCGACACAAAACAGUCUGAGGAGGAGCAGCCCAAGAAGAAACACCGGCGGAACCGCACGACCUUCACCACAUACCAGCUGCACGAGCUGGAACGCGCCUUUGAGAAAUCCCAUUACCCCGACGUGUACAGCCGCGAGGAGCUGGCGAGCAAGGUCAACCUCCCCGAGGUCCGGGUCCAGGUAUGGUUCCAGAACCGACGGGCCAAGUGGAGGCGGCAGGAGAAGCUGGAAGUGUCGUCCAUGAAGCUGCAGGACUCGCCCCUCCUCUCCUUCAGCCGCUCCCCGCCCUCGACGGCCCUGGCGCCCUUGGGCGCGGGCCCCAGCGGCGGCGGCGGGCCGGCGGGGGGCGCCCUGCCGCUGGAGUCGUGGCUCGGGCCGCAGUUGCCGGGCGGGGGCGCCACGGCGCUGCAGAGCCUGCCGGGCUUCGGGCCGCCGGCGCAGAGCCUGCCCGCCAGCUACACGCCGCCGCCGCCGCCGUCCUUCCUGAACUCGCCGCCGCUGGGCGCCGGCCUGCAGCCUCUGGGACCGCCGCCGCCUGCAUACCCGUGCGCGCCCGGCUUCGGGGACAAGUUCCCCCUGGACGAGACGGAUCCCCGCAACAGCAGCAUCGCGGCCCUGCGGCUGAAGGCCAAGGAGCACAUCCAGGCCAUCGGGAAGCCGUGGCAGGCCCUCUAGGGACACCGGGGAACCAUCCUGGGAGCCAGCUCCAAGUCGCACAGGCGCACCCCUUCUCCCCGCCCCCCGCCCCCACUCAGCCCCUCUUCCCCAGGGCCGCAGGCAGGCUUGGAUCCUGGACGCACGUCUUCUUUGGACCUACGGGAGGCCCUCAGGCCACCCCCGCACCCUCACCGACUCCCAGCCCUGCUGAUGGACGGGGCGAGGCGGUCCGGCUCUCGGGGCACACUGUUCUCUCCCUGGCGGGCGCCGGAGCCUCCAAAUUCAAGGGGGACCCUAAGGGCCUGACUUGCGCCGGUCUGGGCGGCGUGGCAGCCCCAGAUGAUCACAACUGGGGGGAUGGAGAGGCGGGAAGAUAGAGCUUGAGGAACUGUUUGUAUAAGUAGUGUUUGAAAGGAUUGGGGAGGAUAAUUAAAGAUUUGUUUGCUUGG